AUGGGCAAGAAUAGCAUCCAAGCCUCCAAAGGGAAAGCACCCGAGAAUGACGCAAGUAAGAAGAGGAAGAGAGAGGGGAAAACAAAAGACGAACAACAGUCCGGGAAAGAUUCGAGCUUCUCGUUAUUCGGUCAGGUCAAGGCUACGGAUCUGGACGAUGUCUUUGCGAAGAGUAGUGCCUUCGCUCAAACUGCUUCAGCUGUAGCCAGUAGCUCUAAGAUCGCUGUUCAACCUCAACCGACAGAACAUGUUUCGAAGAAGAAGAAGAACGAAGUAUCGCCUGAGCCUGAGAAGGACUCCGAUGAAGAUGAAGAGGGCGAUGAAGAUGAGUUCGGGGAAGCGUCAGAAGAAGAAUCAGGAUCAGAGAAAGACGUAGUCGACCAAGAUGAGGAAGAAGAUUCUGAUGUAGAAAAUGAACAUAUGGUUCAUGAGAGUGUAAAGGCCAAAGCCGAGAAGAAAGCCAAGAAAGGUAAAACGCUAGGUAAAUAUGUGCCUAUCGGUGAGACACAAGCAGAUAAAGAUAGGAGGACGGUAUUCGUUGGUAAUUUACCUCUUGAAUGCGCUCAAUCAAAGUCUGCUCUACAUCAACUCCGACAACAUCUCCUCUCCUUUGUUCCUUCUGCCAAGAUCGAAUCAGUACGAUUCCGGUCAGUUCCGUUUGCUGCGCCCACUGCUUCUCUCCCAACGGACGAUCCAGAGAAAGACGCUACGCAGCGUGCGAAGAGAGAGAAAGAGCGUACAGCAGCAUGGAGAGCUCAACAUGAAGGAAUUGUUUUUCCUAUCAGAAAAUCUAGGGGGGAUGAUGAAGAGCCUGAACAGGGCAAGGUGUUCUUAGAUUCGAAGGGCAAGCGGAAGGUCGCUUUCAUCAAGAAAGAUUUCCACUCUGAACUCGCCUCAUGUAACGCAUAUGUCGUCUUCGCUCAUUCUCAUCCCGAUCGAGCAGCCAAUGUCGCUCCUAUCCUUGAUCCCUUCGAAGCUGCUUCAACGGUCCUAACGGCGAACACCAGUACAUUCAUGGGACGAACGAUCCGAGUUGACACAUUACGACUCCCGUCGGCCGUAGCGCUUCAAUCAGCAGGCAAUGCUCUUGCCAAGCGAGAUGCAUGGUUACCUAGUGGGACUGAUCCCAAGAAGAGUUUAUUCGUGGGUGGUCUAGACUAUGCUGCUAAGGAAGAGGAUAUCAGAGUGUUCUUUGAAGAGCUGGUCAAGGCUGAGAGAGGUCCAGCUGAGGACAAAUGGGUAACGGGAGUGCGAAUAGUGAGGGAUAAAGAAACUCAAUUGGGUAAAGGUUUCGGUUAUGUACAUUUCUCAGAUCGAGAAAGUGUAGAUGAGAUACUCGCUAUGGAUUCUAAACAAAUCAAAUUUGCCAAACGAUAUCUUCGAGUCCAACCUUGUAAAACACUUCCGUCGGCCAAUACACUCAAUAAUACCAUCAAAUCACUCGCAUCUUCUUCUUCCAGUAAAUUAGAUAAAGAUAAGAAAUCCACAAAAGCGACUAAGACAUCCUUUAAGUCAUCUGGACCUUUACCGAAAGGUGAUCCGAGAUUGGGAGACAAGAUCAAAGAUCUUUCGAAAGAAGAGAGAAAGGCGGUCAAGAGUACUGAUGCUGAUAGACAAGCCAGACGUUUGGCUAAGAAGAAGGCUAAACAUACUCUGGAGAAGAACGAGAAAGGUGCUGUCAAGUUGAGUUUGACGAAGUCCGAGAGGGAACGAGGGAAAAACGCUAAGCCCAAGGCUAAGGGGAAGAUCCGAGGUCCAGCCGCUAUUGCUAAGAUGAAGGGUUCAAGAGGGUAA